AUGAGAACUUCAAUCAGUGUGGCAAGAGCCCUUCCGGCCGUGCUGGCUCUCUUAGCCACGAAGACCAUAGCUUACCCUCAAGAUAAACAACCCGUGAAUUCAACGACAAGCAAUGAGCUUGUACAGCCAAUCUACCAAGCACUGCCUCUUGGAUCAGUGAAGCCUCAAGGGUGGCUUAAGGAUCAGUUGGAAAAAUCAGCCAGCGGGCUUGCAGGGAACUUGUUUAACUUUUAUCGCUAUGUCAAAGAUUCACAGUGGCUGGGCGGCAACUCGGAAUAUUCCGAUUUACAUGAAUCGGCGGGAUACUGGUUCAAUGGCCUCGUUCCUCUUGCCUUCGGCCUCGAUGACUCCAGGUUAAAGGGUCAGGUCAAAUUCUUCUUGGACUAUAUCCUUGCUCACCAGCAAGACGAUGGCUGGAUCGGGCCAGAGACAACGCUACAGACUCGAGGCCUGUGGGGGCGGUGCUAUAUUAUGCUUGGACUCAUGCAAUACGCCCAAGCCGAUCCUUCUGAGACGGACAGAAUCGUCGAUGCUAUGCAUGAAUAUACUGAACUCGUUCACAGUAUGCUUCAAGAUAAUUUCACAGGCUUGGUCCCCAAGCCAGGUGAUGUGUUUGACGGAUCCGGAUGGGGACCAGCGAGGGCUCACGAAAUGCAUAUUCCGCUACAAUGGCUUUACGAGAACUACCCUAAGAACAAUUCCGACUUGAUCUGGGAAACGAUGGACCUCAUGAUUCAGGGCAGCACAGUGUUCGGCACUGAUUGGAGGGAUUUCUUUGUCAAAGGGACUUUCCCAGAGGUCGUAUACGCCCCGAGAGAUCAGGCGUAUACAUGGCUAUUCACGCAUGGUGUGAACUUGGCAGAGGCUAUCCGGUUCCCUCUGGCUAUAUAUCGUACAUCCCAUGAUGAGGCGCUAAAGACUCAGACAAGAACAGCAGUCGACCUCGUGGCGAAACACCACAAAUCACUCGCAGGAACCAUCAUUGGCGAUGAGCUGAUCAGCGACCUGAACCCAAGCAAAGGCUCCGAGCUCUGUACCUCGGCGGAAUUGAUGUUCUCCCUUUCUUGGGUAUACCAGUAUCUAGCAGAUAACGAUAUCGCGGAUUGGGUAGAACUGACAGCGUUUAACGCCUUCCCCGGACAGAUUUGGCCCGACUGGUGGUCACACCAAUACGUACAGCAAGAGAAUCAGCCAUGGGCAAGGAACCUCACAGUGUACCCUGAGAUGUGGGAGGAUGUAAGCAGUUAUGGGAAUGUGUUUGGCUUGGAACCGAAUUAUCCCUGCUGCACCGUGAAUCAUCCGCAAGGUUACUCCAAGUUCCUCGCUAACGCCUUCGUUACGACCGAAGAUGGAGGUAUCGCACAUGUCUUCCUUUCCCCUGGAACUGUCUCUACAACGCUCACCGAUAGCAACAACAACGAAGUUACAAUCUCAGCGGAUACGAAUUAUCCAUUUAGCAUGGACCUAAGCUACUCAAUAUCGGCCGACGACGACUUCUCAUUCUACGUGAGAAUCCCAACUUGGGCUCACCCAUCCAGCAGUGUUACAAAGGCUUCCGGCGACAGCGCCCGUAUCUCACCGACGGCCGCUGGGCUGCAUAGAUUCGAUAUUCCGAAAGGACAGAGCAAGGUCUCUGUAACUUUGAAAACAGAGCCGCGCGUCGUGGAACGCGCCAACAACACAGCGGCCGUGUACUACGGCCCCUUACUGUACAGUCUGGCCCUCGAAUUCAACGAAACGACACGAGACCCGGUCGGAUACGACGGGGGCUCCAUCGACCCUUCUAGCACGACGGUGCAGACGCGCGACCACAUCAUCGAGACCACAGAUCUCUGGAACGUUGCCAUUGAUCCCUCGCAAAUCAAGGUCAUCUCUUCAGGAAUUACGGAACUUGCAAGCCCGGCCUGGGCCUUCGGGGCUCCGCCCGUAGAACUACGCGUCGCAGCUACAGAAAUUGACUGGCCGAUCGCGUGGGAUUCGCCUGCGGACCCGCCGCUCAGUCCGCAGGUAAAAGGGAAGCCGUUCAGCGCGCGUUUUGUCCCCUUUGCGAGUGCGCAGGUCCAUAUGGCUCAUUUUCCGAAGGUGGAACUUGAGGCUGUUGAUCUUGGUGAGUGA